AUGGUUGACAAGCAAUGCCGUAAGCAUUUUCCAAAGAGGUUUAUUGAUUCGACUAAAGUGGAUGAUGAAGGAUAUCCUGUUUUACAGGCAAGAGAUAAUGGAUCUACAGUUGAUAAGGGUGGAGUUCAUCUUGACAAUAGGUAUGUUGUUCCAUAUAAUGCUAAUUGCUACGUAAAUAUCGAGCACAUAAAUGUUGAGUGGUGUAACCAGUCAAGAUCAAUUAAGUACCUGUUUAAAUAUAUAAACAAGGGGUAUGAUAGGGUUACUGCUACGGCAUACCAAGAUAAACAAAAAGAAGGUGAAGGGAAAGACAUCGACGAGAUAAAGAUGUAA